AUGCCGUCUCUUGAAGGUCUCACUGAGGGGCAGCCAACGCUGGACGCCAUCAAUAAUGCAACUGCCCAAGAGACCGAAGAACUCACUUUUCCGCCAGUCACGAAGGAGCAUAUUUUGAACUGCUCAUACGAUAGCUGGUUCCCAAAGUACCGGACUGUUUCAAUCAGAUCUAGGAUCAUCAAAUUAUCGCCCGACUUUGUCCAAUACAUCCGCGAUGACGGCAUUAUUCUCGCCGACGACGACGAGCCGCAAGAGGACGAGGCAGAGGAGGAAUGGUCCGCUUCCUCGAACACAGCCGGCGCGCCGCGACGAAACCAACAUCUCGAAGAAGAUGACUCCGGCGACGAGCCCGAAGCUGACUGCCGGCCGCCCAACGAGCGCUUCCCUGAAAUCCACCAGGAGAUCAAGGAGCGGAUCAAGGAGUUGGGUGGUGCUGUUGCGCCGAAGCUGAACUGGUCCGCACCGAAAGAUGCGGCUUGGAUUUCACCGCAUCAGAACACGCUGAAAUGCACGACGCCCAACGACAUCUACCUUCUUCUCAAGAGCUCCAGCUUCGUGAGCCAUGACCUGGAGCACGCCUUCGAGGAUACCGUUGCCUCGUCCGCCAACAGACCAUUCCAACCAGUGCUGGUCUUGAGACCCUUCUUUUCGCCAAACCCGGCCCUUGAGUUCCGAUGUUUCGUCAAACACCGCACCCUGAUUGGUCUUUGCCAGCGUGACUGGAAUUACUACCCUUUCCUCGAUGGCCUGCGACCCGCGUUGGUGUCCAAGAUUACCGAUUUCUUCGAAGACCGCCUGCGCUUCACCUUCCCAGACGGUUCCUUCACCUUUGACGUCUAUGUUCCCGGAGACAGCGACUCACGCGACGAGCUUGGCAAGGUGCGCCUUAUCGAUAUCAACCCCUGGGCGCCCCGGACAGACAGUCUGCUCUACAGCUGGGUGGAGCUGCUGGAGUUCAAGGUCCCGAGGCCUAUCCUAGGCUCGGUUGUCAACGAGGAGGAAGUCAUCGAAGGCAGUGGUGUUGAAGAAACGACAGACGAUGAGGAUGCUGACGAACUGGUGCCUGAGUUGAGGUUGGUGGAGAAGGAUAACCCGGCCGCCUUCAAUUUCAGCACACCGCAGUACUCGGCGCAUAAGCUUCCCAAGGAGGUUGUUGAGGCGAGUAUGUCAGGCGAUGGUGGCUUGAGGGAGUUCGCUCAGAGGUGGAAGGAGAUGACAGAGGCUGAGGGUGGAGGUGAUGUCUGGGAGAACCCCCCUACAGCUGAGUCGUGA